AUGAAGAUUCUCCCCCCCCCCGCCGUAUCUAUAAGGUACACUCCAUUACCUCAGUUUCCUCCGUGCGAGGAGGCAGCCUGCCACCGCAACCGCAGCAAGGCGGAGCAGGCCAAGCACCGGACGACACCCUCCCGGGGCAAUCCCACAGCGGCGGGAGGGCGGGGGCGGUGCCUGACCGGCUGUUACACAUCUCCCAGCGAGGGGCCUGGGACUCGGGGAAAGCGGCGGCUCCCCCGAACCCUCCUCAUCUGCCCCUCGGAACGAUCGCGGGCGGGGAGCGGGGCGGGGUACCCGCACCGCGUUUUGCCUGCAGGGCGGUUCACGGCUCCGGCCGGAAUAACUGAUCGUAUUAAAUUAUUCAUCGCCUUUCCGCUCGCUGCGCGACAAAAGGAACAAGCUGUUGAAUGGUAUAAGAAAGGAAUUGAAGAACUGGAAAAAGGAAUAGCUGUCUUAGUAAUUGGUCAAGGUGAUCAGUGUGAACGGGCUCGACGUCUGCAAUCUAAAAUGAUGACAAAUUUGGCAAUGGCCAAGGAUCGCUUGCAGCUUUUAGAGAAGCUGCAGGCAGUUUUGCAAAUUUCCAAGCCGCAAAUGGAGGUCUAUAAUGACAGUACUAACCUGGCAUGCCGCAAUGGACAUCUCCAGUCAGAAAGUGGAGCGGUUCCAAAAAAGAAGGAUCCCUUAACACACACGAGUAAUUCCCUUCCUCGUUCAAAAACUGUUGCAAAAACUGGAUCCACAGGCCUUUCAGGUCACCACAGAACACCUAGCUACAGUGGGAUAUCAACUUCUUCUGUGUCUAGACCAGCACCUAAUCCUGCAGCUUCAACUCAUAAGGCUGCUCCUAAAAAUAGCAGAACAAAUAAACCUUCUACUCCUACCACUGCUCCUCGAAAAAAGAAAGACUUGAAGAUAUUUAGAAAUGUGGACAGUAAUCUUGCUAAUCUUAUCCUGAAUGAAAUUGUUGAUAGUGGGCCAGCUGUCAAAUUUGAUGAUAUUGCAGGGCAGGAACUGGCUAAACAAGCUUUGCAAGAAAUUGUUAUCCUUCCUUCUCUUAGACCUGAGUUAUUUACAGGACUUAGAGCUCCCGCACGUGGUUUAUUGCUGUUCGGCCCACCAGGAAAUGGGAAGACAAUGCUGGCCAAAGCAGUUGCUGCAGAAUCAAAUGCUACUUUCUUUAAUAUAAGUGCAGCAAGCCUAACUUCAAAAUACGUGGGUGAAGGGGAGAAACUGGUGCGUGCUCUAUUUGCAGUAGCCAGAGAACUACAGCCUUCUAUAAUUUUUAUUGAUGAAGUUGAUAGCCUUUUGUGUGAAAGACGAGAAGGUGAACAUGAUGCUAGUAGGCGUCUAAAAACAGAAUUUUUAAUAGAAUUUGAUGGUGUGCAGUCUUCUGGAGAGGACAGAAUACUUGUGAUGGGAGCAACAAACAGGCCACAGGAGCUUGAUGAUGCUGUUCUCAGACGAUUCACCAAACGGGUAUAUGUGUCUUUACCAAAUGAGGAAACAAGAUUGAUUUUACUAAAAAAUCUUCUAAGCAAGCAAGGAAGUCCGUUGACCCAAAAAGAGUUGGCACAACUAGCUAGAAUGACAGAUGGGUACUCUGGAAGUGAUUUAACCGCAUUAGCAAAGGAUGCAGCGCUGGGCCCUAUUCGAGAAUUAAAACCAGAACAGGUGAAGAACAUGUCUGCCAGUGAGAUGAGAAAUAUCAAACUAUCAGAUUUCACUGAGUCUUUGAAGAAGAUAAAGCGCAGUUUGAGCCCUCAGACCCUGGAAGCAUAUAUUCGCUGGAACAAGGACUUCGGAGAUACCACAGUGUGAAACACUACUUGAAGUGAAACAAAGUGCUGCCUAAGAAGCAAUUGGUACAGACGACUGGAAAGCAGCCAGAGUUUACAGGACUUUACAGAUCUUCAAGUAUCUGCAUUAAAACUUGAGAUUAAGAAAAAAUUACACAAUGUGAAAUGUGUUCAUCAAAGCCUCCUUGCCAUUUAGUGAGGAUUUACAGUCUGUAAGUAAGAGCACAAUAGGACUUGAGAUAAGAUUCCUAGCAAUCCGAUUAUGGUUUGAACAAUAAUAUAUGUCUUUUGUUUCAGCUAGAAGGCUCUGAUGAUACUGAUCAUUGGAAAACCUUUUCCCUAUGUUGUGUGUGUGGUUUUUUGUUUUUAAUUUUGCCAUGACACUGAUGUCUGGCUUUCUUCCUUAUAACUACUAACUUACAAUGGGAGGUUUGUAAACCUUGGUUCAGUUUUUGACUUUUUUAUCCUUAAUGUGCCAAAUAAAACAAUUUCCCUAUGCAGAGAGGAAGAACAGCACUGGGGAAUUAUGAUUAUUAAAAUGUAAAAAGCAGCUGGUCUGUUAUUAUUAGUCUUUUUGUUUAGUUGUAAUGUGACUGUAUUGUUCACAGAACAGUUUUAAAGAAGACCUUUGAUAGCAGAACAGCAAAAAACCCCAACCCUAUAAAACCAAUUCAAACUGUCUUAAAAAAAAUAAUAAAUUACUAAACAAAAAAAUAGACUAAGACAUUCAUUUACGGGCAGUAUUUUCUCUUACCACAUUUUGUAACACUUCCAUUGGUAGAAUGUUAGCUUACGCUUAUGGUGUACAACUUGAAGCCCAGUUGAUGUUUGAGAGAGUAGGUGAUGCUCAUUGUCAAGUUUCAGAAAUGAUGUGUUUCUACUCUGUGUUUUGGUCUGUUUACGAUAAUUGAAAGUAAAAUUUCCAUUGUGAUAAUUUUUUUAAUCUACACAUGUAAGCAUUAAAAUAUGAGGCUACAUGUUUAAUUCAUGGCACACUAAUGUUUUAUAGCUUUCAUAUGUUUUGGUUUAUAUAGUAAAGUAUGAAACACUCAAUUGAUCUGCUUUUUUAAAAAGAAACUGCAUCUUUGUACAAAUACUUGUUUUUAUUAUAUAAAUGACAAGCUAUAAAAAAAAAACACUUAAGUGAGAGCCUUUAAAUACUGUAAUAAAGGAAGACAUCUUUGCCUUUACUUUUAAAGGCCUGACAUCUUGUUUACAAAUUCUACAUGGAUUAAACACAGAUGUUUGCAAGGCAGAACACUAGGUCCUUGUUAGAGCAGGUUUGUGGCUUUUUUGUGUUUUUUAAAAGACAACUCUCCCAACUUAGUGACAUUACAAAAAUGCAUAUUGUUUACAGUUUUAACUAAAUUGAGUUAUAAGCUUUAUUUGCUUUUGGUCUUAACAGAAAACGUUGUUCUUAAUUCUUCAUGUAACAUUUUUUUAUUGGUAGGAGUAAGUCAAAUAUUUCUGGGACUACUCACCUGAAAGUUGACUAUAAAUAAUAUAUUAUAUAUAUAUAUAUGGAAAAAAAAAACCCUAGCUGAUAGAUGCAGUGUAAGUAUAGUAAUACCCAGAGAGGACUCUGUGCUCACUGUGUAGUAUUGGGUACUAAAUAGCAGAAGCUGUGUCAAACUUUGGAGACGCACAGAUGCAUAUGUUUGGGAUUCUGUUUUUUUUGAACCAGAGAUGCUUUUAACUGAUCUUAAGAUUAAAAGCAAUUAAAUAAGAGAAGAUUGUGUUACACUAAUAUGCCUUUUGAAAUAGUCUAACCAAACCACUUCUAGCCUUCUAAGGGUACGACUCUCAAAUGUAUGUCUGAUGUAAAUGAAACAUGUGACUUCUGUUCCCCUGAUUCACCUUCCUGGAGAAGUGAGAAAUUCUAAAAGACUUCAGUUUCUUAAAUCUCCUGUCUUGCUUGCUUUGCCUUAGUUCUGCCUUCAGUAGCCCAUCUCUGUUGUUGGAGAUUCCUGGCUGACUUGAUCCAUAUUUGUCAUAGACUUCAUAGCACUAAGCACGAAUAUGACUUUUAUUAGCAUCUGCCAAAUAGCUGAACAGCUAAGAAAGGCCCUUGGUCUUCCUAUUCCUGAAGCUUGUAAACUUUCCUUGAGAUCCUUCGCAAAUGAGAACUUUGAGGGUAACACUUCUGGUUUUGAGUGUUCCUAAGUAUUUGUUAUCGAACUCUGUUUUCCUCCAUUUAAUUUUGAGGAAUGUACUGGUAUUUAUUUCAAAUACAUACCUAUUGGCAUGUGAUAGGUACCUGAAACGUAGAGGUAGAAGUUCCCAUCUGCUAAAACGCCACCAGGAUGCAGCACAAAGGGUCAGAAGACUGAGCUGCUCCUUCGGAAAGAAAAGGGACUGGCCCUUUCACUUGUUCGUACAACCAGUUCAGGUCAAGAGAAUCUGUGUGACUGGUACCACUGCUUUUUGGUUAUCUGUUCUGCCCCGACUGUUUUCUGCAGAAUGGAUGAACUACAGCUCUAUAAAUUACUUCUAGAACACAGUAAUAAGAACUUAAUUUUGUUCUGCAACAUCAGCUUGCCCCACAGCUGCUGGACUUUUAGCCCAUGACCAAGUGCCGUUUGGUUCAUAAAUCUCCUGUAAAUGUCUGUCUUACGCUAUUUUUGGAAUAGUGUCUUUUAAGAAUAAUUCUGUUCCCCUUAAGGCGUUAUCUCGCAUCUUCUGUUUUCUUGUUUUACGUGUACUGAGUAAGUCCCAGCUCGGUGAUUUUCAUCUGUGUGUUGGAUUAACUGUGUAUAAAAGCAGAUCUGAAAGACAAACAAAAAAACCACAACACCCCCCCACCCCCUACCAAAACACCUGUAUUUUCCUAAUCUGUGGUAUUUUAUAUAGAACUUUGCAACUGUAUUUACCAUAAAAUCAGAUUAUGUUCUAAUACAGUAUCUUGAAUUAGGAUAGGAUAAGCAGGACAGCAGCUUGGAUGCUUUUAACCUUUGCAAAGAUUGGCAUUACAUUAGCUCUCUAAACUGCCUUUUUCCUUUUUUUCUUUUUUUUCUGAAUUUGCCCACUGCUAAUGAGUGACUUGACCCACUUUUUUUGAGAUGAUUAGGAAGCAGCUUGUCUGGCCCUCUGCAAGUGUGUUUUACUGACUUAAAGUCUAGCAGUUACUGGGGGGUGGAAAAAAACAAAACAUAAGCCCCUGGUUUUUUAACAACCUUCUUCCUACAUCUUUGCCUCUUCUUAUUAAGCGGGAAACACACCUUUUGUCUUUCUACAUGUUGGAAGAACAAUGUCUUCUCAGGCAGCGGGUUGCUGCUUUUGGUGGCGUAACGGGAGGGAAAAACUCAAGCACUGUGUGAUGCUUUCUCCUUAAAAUGAAGAUUAUUCAUGUGCUACAAUGUUCCCUUUACUAAUGUUGACUUUUACGUAGAGUACACCAAGCCUGUACAGAUUCUCCCCUUGAGGUUAAGACAAAACCAACACUGAAUAUUAAAGAUAAGCCUAAAUUAGGAUAUUUGUGCACUUAUAAGUCUCUCUGUCCUGUUAGUUUCUUAGACUUUAUGGAGUUCAGUGUAUUAGAAACAGGCAUUCUGCCCCUGAGACAUCUUACUGACUCUGCUUCAGAAAGUCAGUCGCUAGAACAGUUUUGCUGAAUAUGGCCCUGCGACUUACUUCAUGUAGAUAAUAAAUGUGAUAGUUAACACUUUAAAAUGGAGAAGAAUGGGAUCUCUGAACUGAGAAAGAAUUUGUUGUCAUUGCGCUAGAGGCCAUUGCUGAUUUCACUGUUAGAUUCUCUCAAAUGUUUUUAAAAUAACAGGUUUUAUGCAUAUAACUUACUCGGACAACCUCACCUUCUGGUGUAGAAUAAAUAGUACUUUUUCUAUUCUAAACAAGCGGUUUUUAGCACUGCUUGGCACUGCUGCCAAGUCCAUCUUGUGAAAUUUAAGUACUUUGCACUGGGAAUACUGAAGGCAGAUAUGCUGGCAAAUUUAACUGAGAUGUCUGUUCUGCAACUGCUGUGGAAAGCCACGUUCUACUGAAGGCUUCCUUAACCAUCUAUGGUCAAACUGUGCCCUAGAUUCUUAUGCUGCUUUCCUACCCAAGACACGACAAUGCAUAGUCGUGCCUAAGCCAUGCUUAUCCAGCUACUGCAGUGCUUUAGUGAUGCUUCUGCAGGUGGCAGCAUUGGGAGGUGGCAAGCACUAUUGUAGGUUACAAAUCUUCAUUCAUUGUCUGUGGCAGUCUCAAGCUUUUGUGAUGUUUUUAGUGUUGGGGACUUCUACCAGGUAUCAAGAAUGGAAUGAAAAGUAGCAAGCAGGUAGUGAAUGCAACUAGUGAUCUCAGUCAUUGUGCUAAUUAGAGGCAGUUGCUGAUUUCAUUGUUAGGUUCUCUUGAGCUGCUAUUUAGUGUUGAAGGAUGUUGUUUGACUCACCUACGUGAAUUUUCAUGCUUGGGAUGAUCUGCUGGUCAUCCUAAGAGAUGACCAAUGGAUCGGUGAUUUUCGUUUAGAAAUUUUUCUUUCAACAUUCUUUUCAAUAUUUUUUCUUUUAAAUAUUGUAACUAUUAUUCCACAGGAUGAGGAAGUUAAACUGUUGCUUCCUGCAAAUACAAAAUCAUCUCCUGAAGUAUGGGGAAACGUGUAUUGUGUUUUUCCUGCUUCUCAUGUAAAUCGUUAACUGUCUUAGAGUGGAAACUGUUUACUUUGUCAGUAACUACCUCCUGAGUUCGGCAAUAAUUGGCAAGGUAUACACUCCUCCAGUGGAUUAAAUGUAUUGGCUAAACACUAUGGGUUCUUCAGCGUUUGAUCUUUUGAUUUGCAAAUUCUUGACAUGAUGCCUGGAAACUAUGGUGAUCAACCUUGUUUUCCUGUAAGACUUUCCUUGCCUUUGUAAGACGCGCUUCUUAAAAUUCUGAUUCAGAGAAGUGGCUGUGAGGAAAGAGGUCAACAUUCUUUGUAGUUGGUUAAUAUAGGCAUAUUCUUCUAAGAUGCUAGGGGUGUAGCCUCUUGGUCCUGCAGGUUUUUUUACCGUUAGAAGUGAGGAAGAAAGUACUUUAUCUCAUACUUGCACACCUAUCACAGAGACUGGAAAUACAGAAAGUGUUUUUGCCAUGUGAUUCAAAUUUUUAUUCCUGUGAAGGGCUAGUCAGUAUUUUUCAGAAAUCUGGAUUAAAGCGAUAAAAACCAAAGGUGGAAACAAAACACUAUACCCCACCCCCAUUAAAUAUAUUGGGUGACUCCAGUCUGGGAUGGGGUUAAUUCUUGUAUUUUGUUGUUUUGAAGCACUUUUGUUUCAUUGUUCUUUUAAGAAUGUUUUCUGAAAUGUUGAACACCAUUUUACUAAUAAGCAAUGUAAAAACGCAUGAUGAGCAGUCACAUAGCUUUAGCUUCACAAUAAAGUGUUGCAUUUGUCCUGUUCUUACUGUUUUCUUAUCUGUUUAUCAGAUAAAAUGUCCAAAACGAAGAGCCUUUUCAUUAGACCUGAAGCCUACUAAAUUGCUGCUGGUUUUAAAAAAAAAAAAAAAAAAAAAAAAAGGGGGGGGGGGUGGUGUUGUGUACCAGGUGAUGGAACAAUAAAUAUCUAAAUACCUCAUUUAGUUUCUAAAGGACGUAACUCAAGUUCUUAAAACUAAUGUAAACAGAAGUGCUGCUUCCUAAAUAAAUGUGCUGAAACUAAAA